AUGAAAUAAGAUAAAUCUCACCUAAAACAGAAAUAAGCAUUGGAGGGAAGAAACUGGAAAUAUUUGGAAAGGCCAUGGAAUCCCCAAGGGGAGUGACUCUAACUGUUGAGUAGCAGGUGGAAGUAAUGAGAGUCGGGCUCUUCAGAAGGCACCUGCAGCAGACAGCCUUCUGUUCCAAGUUCUCGCCUCGUCGCCCUGAAAUACGGUCCAGUGAGGCGCCCCUGGCCCAUCGUGGCUCUUUCAUUGCUUUUUUUUUUUUAUGUUAUGUUAAUCACCAUACAUUACAUCAUUAGUUUUAGAUGAAGUGUUCCAUGAUUCAUUGUUUGCAUAUAACACCCAGUGCUCCAUGCAGUACGUGCCCUCCUUAAUACCCAUCACCGUGCUAACCCAUCCCCCACCCCCUCCCCUCUAGAACCUUCAGUUUGUUUCUCAGAGUCCACAGUCUCUCAUGAUUCGUCUCUUUUUAUCCAAGGCCCGGCCCCAUGCUAAGCUCCAGGAUAACCCAAAAAUGAACGUCAAUAUCCUUGGCCCUAAAUGUGCUCAUAAAUGGGAAAAGGAGGGAAGAAGAGAAGGGAAAUGGGCCUGACCAAACGCAGAGAACUCAAGUACAGAAUGAUAUGGCCCAAAAUAAGCAAAGAACCGUGUGCCAUGAGCCAAGAAGAACACCGUUCCCACCUUCCUAAUGUGAACGAAGGACAGGGAUGUGAACACAGGGGAAAACUAAGAGACAGAAUCACAGCUUUAAAGAGCUACCCUCUAAUUAAGGAUCCUACUUCUUUUCUCUGGGCCUCUGAAUGCUUGUUGCUCCAAGAUUGCUCAAACCAUUAACUCAAUUUACUUAUUUUGCAGUCUCUUUUAUGUGUCUACUAUUCUUGGGGUUGGGGUUCUUCAUGCCACUUAGGAUGUGAUGGAAGUGCCGUGGAAAGUUGCCAGUGAGAUGGAGCUCGCCCAAGUGGCAGGGGCUGUCUGUUUGCCACAUAGACUCCCUUUAAAAAGAAAAACUCAGCACCCGCAAAAUCCCAAGUGUUCAGCCUGGAACAACAUCAGGGAGCCAUCUGUGGGCUCCCCCUUGAGAUUCAAGGAAAGGUGGAUGCUGUCAGGAGAAUUGCUCUGGCUAUGCCCCUAGAAUGUUCUGUGUCUUGGUCCUAACAAUCUAAGUGAAGUGCUUUUGUGUAGAUAACAGGUGCUUGUGCAUGCACACGGUGUAGUCAGGGUCCCUGCCCUGCUUACCAGGUUGAACCAGGGCUUCAUCCAAGCUCUGUGCCACACACACACACACACACACACACACACUCCCCAACCAAGAUGAGGCACUCUACUUAGAAGGCAGGUCACAGGCACUCACCAAACCCUAGAAUUUUCUUGUUGGCAAGAUACCUGGAAAAUAGAGUCCCAACUUCCCAUUUCUUGCAUGAGGAAUCCAAAACCCAGAGAAAUGAAAGAACUACCUCAAGGCCAUACUACUCAUUCCAGGUUGAAUGACUCCCAAGCCAGUCCUCUUUCAUGAAACCACACAAACUCCCAUUUCUGGACAUCUUUAACAUGGUUUUGUUGUGCUGAAGAGAAUUGGAGCAAAUGCACAUCUGAAAUGCCCAGGCUCUGAUAGUACAGUUGCUAUUAGGUUGUUAGGAGAACUGAAAGGAAAUUAAAUGAACAUGAAUUGUGGCUGUUUUAUUUCAGAGACCAGGUUGCAGUCAAGUAAAAAACAUGGUAUACAUAUAAGUAUAGAGCAUGGCCCGACUAUAUAGUAAACAUUUCAUGAUUCCAUUCAUUCACUUAGCACUUACAUAUUGCCUAUUAGGUGCAGGCACUCUGCUAGACACUGGAGAUUCAAUAGAGUACAAGCUUAUGCUCUGGAAGGGGAGAUUGCAAAUAAUUAAUUCAUAAGUAAAGUAAUUAUUAUGGAUUAUAAUAGGUGCUUAGCAGGACAUGAAUAGGGAGCAAAGAUAGGGAAUACCUGGGGAUACCUACUAAAAGAGUGUGGCCAGGGAAGGACUUUGUGGAAAAGUGGCACUGAAGUCUGGAGCUGAAGAAUAAGACAGGGCCAUCUUUGCAAAGACCUAGUUGGAGAGCAGUGCAGGCAAAUGUAAUCACAAGCACCAAAGCCUUGAGGUGGGAAACUUUGGCUUGACUAAAGUAUAGAAAAGAGACUGGAGAAAAGGAGUAAGUAUAAGGGAGAAAGUGGUUUGAGAACUUGCAGAAGAGGGUGGAGGCUUCUAGGUCAUGCUAAAGGAUGUAUCUGUUCUUCUGAGAACAGCAAGGAAGGAACCAUUAAAGAGAUUUUGGAUGAUGGCUCUGUCUCGUUUGUGGAGAAUGGGUGGGAUGGGUGCAAACACCUUAGGAGGUCCUGUAAUAAAAUAAUCCAGCAAGAAAAAAAGGGACAUGGACCAGAAUGGGGAGGAGUGGAUGGAUGCAAGACACCAUUCUGACACAGAGCCAAUAGGAUGUGCUGAUGGAUCGUAUUUCAGAGUUGAAAACUGACAAGUCAGAGAUAACUUCCAGUUUUAUGGGGAAUGGGGCAUAUAUAUCAGUGGAUCUAUAUUGGACAUAUGGAAUUUGAGAUACCUGUGGGACAUCCAAGUGAAGAUGAUGAGCAGGGAAGUGGUCAAAUGGACUGGGAACUGAGACUGAGAUGUCAUGACUAAAGUGGUAAGAGGAGAACCAAGAGUUAUGUCAUGGACACCAAGGGAGGAGACUACCUCAAGGAAAGAGUCCUUUUGAAUGCUCCUGUGAGAGCAAAGAAGACAAAGACAGAGAAGUGUCCAUUCAACUGAGCAGCAUGGCCAUUGCUGAAAGCCUUGAUGAGAGCAGUAUAAGAGGCAUCAUGGGAAGAGAUGCCAGCCUCUUCUGGGUGAGGUAGCAAAUGGAAGGUGAAGAAGAAGAAACAGAAUCUAAUAACCUCCACAUGGAAAGUGAUGCUACAUCAGAAACGAGCUUUCCUUUCUCCAAAGAAGCAGCAGGGGAACAUCUGGACCACCAGGCUGCACACCAACCCUUCCCCAGACAGCGAUUCCGGCAACAGCCUGGGCACCCUUCACUGCAAAGAGAUGGCCCCAGAUCCUUUCUCCUUGAUCUACCAAACUUUCCAGAUCUUUCCAAAGCUGACAUCAAUGGGCAGAAUCCAAAUAUCCAGGUCACCAUAGAGGUGGUGGACGGUCCUGACUCUGAAGCAGAUAAAGACCAGCAUCCAGAGAAUAAGCCCAGCUGGUCAGUCCCAUCCCCCGACUGGAGGGCCUGGUGGCAGAGGUCCUUGUCCUUGACGAGGGCCAACAGCGGGGACCAAGACUAUAAGUACGACAGUACCUCAGAUGACAGCAACUUCCUCAACCCCCCCAGGGGGUGGGACCGUCCAGCCCCGGGCCACCGGACUUUUGAAACCAAAGAGCAGCCAGAAUAUGAUUCCACAGAUGGUGAGGGCGACUGGAGUCUCUGGUCUGUCUGCAGUGUCACCUGUGGGAAUGGCAACCAGAAACGCACCAGGUCUUGUGGCUACGCAUGUACUGCAACAGAAUCUAGGACGUGUGACCGUCCAAACUGCCCAGGAAUUGAAGACACCUUCAGGACAGCUGCCACCGAAGUGAGUCUCCUGGCCGGAAGCGAGGAGUUUAAUGCCACCAAACUGUUUGAAGUUGACACGGACAGCUGCGAGCGAUGGAUGAGCUGCAAAAGUGAGUUCUUAAAGAAGUACAUGCACAAGGUGAUCAAUGACCUGCCCAGCUGCCCGUGCUCCUACCCCACCGAGGUGGCCUACAGCACCGCGGACAUCUUUGAUCGCAUUAAGCGCAAGGACUUCCGCUGGAAGGACGCCAGUGGGCCCAAGGAGAAGCUGGAGAUCUACAAGCCCACGGCCCGGUACUGCAUUCGCUCCAUGCUGUCCCUGGAGAGCACCACGCUGGCCGCCCAGCACUGUUGCUAUGGCGACAACAUGCAGCUCAUCACCAGGGGCAAAGGGGCGGGGACGCCCAACCUCAUCAGCACCGAGUUCUCAGCGGAGCUCCACUACAAGGUGGACGUCCUGCCCUGGAUUAUCUGCAAGGGCGACUGGAGCAGAUACAACGAGGCCCGGCCUCCCAACAAUGGACAGAAAUGCACGGAGAGCCCCUCGGACGAAGAUUACAUCAAGCAGUUCCAAGAGGCCAGGGAGUACUAAGGAGAUGUCACCUCCGGUAUUUUGACACAAACGCACUGCGCUGAUCUGCCGCCGGGGCAGAGUUCGUCUUAUCCGCAUCCAUGGAUAUUUGUAUAUACCACGCGGGUAUUUUCCAUAAAUUACACUAGAGGUGCGCACAAGGCCCGGGUGACUGCCGUCUGAAGCCACCUUGCCAUCCAAAAUGCCCGCAGAGCUCCUUGGAAUCCCUCUGAGGGGUGAUGUCAGCAGGAGGAUGAGGACAAAGGAGCCAGAAGAAGAACCUGGAAGCCAUAGUGGGUGGGAUUCGAUUUAUACCCAGAUCCUGCGCUUCCAGGAGAAGCAAAGAGGGAAAGACUGAGUUGUAAACGUUAUAAGCAGUUUUUAUAUAUAACUUAUUUAAUAUGAAUGUGACUUAAGCAUAAUCUUUUCGCUGGAGUUGUGAAACUGUUUAAUCACUUCUGUGAGAGUUCAGACAGGGGCUUAAGGAGGUGGAAGAGAAAGGGAAUUUUGGAAUAACUUUUUUAAAACUAAAUAACUCAAUGGAAGUGUAUCAAAAACAAGAAAACGCCCACCUUAAACCAAAUGUUCUUUAGUCAUGACGCACCUUGCUGGCGUCUCGGCUUCCAACAUGCCCUUGCCUAAGAUUGGAUAGGGGGUGGGGGGCACAGGGGUAUUUUAGGGGCAAAUCUGAGGACUGGUUUUAAAUAGGCUUUAAAAUAAAAGGCCAAUAUUAGCAUAAUGCUAUAAUUCUACUAAAAGGCUUCAGAGUGGCAGAAGUUCUGCUCAUGUCUUAGUGGGAGGUUCAGAAGCCUGCGGGAAGGUCGGACAUAAAAACAGGUAGUAGCACUUUUCCAAAAGAAAAAAUAAAAGCAAAAUAGAUGGGAAAAGAACAUGGACCUCAUUUCAUCUAUUUUAUUCUAAUACCAUCGUAACAAUGUUUUUCUCCACCAAUAUAUUACCAGUAAAUACAUAUAAAAAGAGUAGGGGGACUCAAGUCUUGAAAAUCCUAUUUUUUUUUUUUUAUGUUUUAAGAAAGGGGGAAAAAACUACAUUAUUUUUGUAAAGUAUUUAUUGAGUCAUUGAGUCUUGUGCAUCAAGCAUUGUAAUAUGACCUGGUUAUGUAGUGUGGAACUUAAGACAAAGAGUUUGUUCUUAUGCAGUCUUUCCUUGCAAAACUCCAGGAAAAGAGAAUAUAUCAUAAAAUCAUGAUCAAAUGUGUUACCUGCAAUAAAUGUGUAACCUGCAAAUAUUUAUGAUGCAAAUACCAUAAAGAGUAGGCCCAGGGCAUCAAGGCAGGAGAAAGGAAGGUUCAAACCAGGUGGGAAUAAAAGGCUCAUUGAUUGAUGUGAUGGUGGGUGGUAUAUCUCAUGGCAUCUUUGGCACCAAGAAUGUCAAGCCAGUCCCCAGGAGGCUGAACUCAUUGACACACAGAUAAGUUUUUGCCCACUCAGAGCUAAGAAAGAGCUAAGAAAAGCAGGCCAGAACAAAGGCUUGAGAGUCCAGGUGAGGGGCACCUGGGUGGCUCAGUUGGUUAAGCAUCCAACUCUUAAUUUCGGCUCAGGUCAUGAUCUCAGGGUCGUGAGAUCGAGCUCUGUGUCAGGCUCCAUGCUAGGUUUGGAGCCUGCUUAAGGUUCUCUCUCUCCCUCUACCCCUACCCCUCCCCUACCUCCCCCCAUCCCUUUCCAAAAAAAGACCAUCCAGGUGAGCAGGACAAAAUUCUGCAAUGACAGAAGUAAGUAGAA